UGUGUGUGCUCUCAAAGUGCAAAGUUGAAAUGUGUCGUAGACGGGAGGUACUUCCACGACAGAAUAGGGGUAAAUGUGGCUAAGAAUUGAAUGGAUGUCUGUGGUUUUCUCAUUCUCUUCAAGGAAAUUAUGUAAUUUCUCAUUCAAAGACAUUAGUAGAGGGCAAGUAACAAAAUGCAAGCUAAUUGCAUUGCAUUCCCAGAAAAGUGGACAGCGCAUGGAUAAGCUACUUGAUACAUUGUAACAUUCAGGGAAGUAAAUGGACAGCAUGGAAUUUCACAAGUAAGUUUUACUGAUACAUUUUUGCGUUAUUGUUUAUGGGUUUUUUUUGCUACAGAAUGCACACUAGUUCAAUUAAGGAUAUUUGACAGAAGAUUCCCGAAAGUAGUUUGGCCAAAGCAAUCUUCUCGGCGUAGAAUGCCACGCAGGCAAUAGCCUACUACUACUAUACUACUACCCAAACUAAAGAAACGAAGUUGAAUGGGGGUUGAUAAGUAGGCUAUGACCCGCGAAUUCAUUAAUAAGAUACUGUGACAUUAUAUCUAGAUUUAGGCCAACUAAAAUGAGGGCGAUAAAGAUAAGGAAAUACUUUAGGGGUAGUGGGAGGGUACUUGCAUUUGUUUUCAUUGCAUCUAUUAUUUGGCUGCUGUUCGACAUGGCAGCGCUUCGCCUGUCAUUAAAUGACGUUAACAGCCAACUUUUAAAAGAAAGCGUAGUAAAGGAAAGGCAGGCUGUCAGACAGCAGGCCACGAAACGUACUAAGUUAGUGCAUAGGGGGUUUAAAAAUCCAGUACAGAGAGUAGACUUGGACCUGGACGAGGCAGGUAAUAAAGAUCCACUCCAGGAUGAAUAUAAAGUCCUUGAAGUGUACAGGAAGCGAGGACCCGCUGUCAAAAAUGACCCACAGUUUAUGGACAAAGUAAACUCGCAUGAGCAACAAGGAGGGAAUGCCCAACCAAAGUUAGAACAUGCUGUCAUCUUUAAGCAUAACCAAAUCGAGCCUGUGCAUCAUGUCACAGUACACUUGAGUGUGCCUUUGAAUACGAAAGCACCUGUCAAAGAUCCUUUGCCCGUCAAAGAUGUGUCAAAAAAGGCAGUGGACUUGGUGCUGGAGGAUGGGAAAGUAGGACCUACGGAGAGGGAUAAGAUUGUGGCAUUCCCUGCAGCAGUAGGCUCGAACUUUACCAAAGUGCCACCUGGUGUUCAGGCUGGAAAACAUGUUGAAACGCCUGCCUCAAAAAAUACAGGAGAGAACCAAGAGGGAAAUAUAGACCUAGUGCAAAAAGGCAAAGAAAAUAUUGACUCCAAGACACAGAAGAAAGUCAAAAACUCACUUGAGCCUGGCAAACAAGAAAGCUUUAUUAAAGACAAAGUUGCAGUGGACUACACAGUUAAACCUGUCAAAAAUGAUGUACUAAAAGGAGAAGAGGUGAUUGUCAACAAAGAGGACAAACGGAUCAAUGAGCUUGAUAAAGGUAACCCUGAAGCCCUAAAGGAGUCCUUACCACCUACAGCAAAGACAAAACGCCAACAAGGAGUUCCCACAAAUUCCACAGUUGUUCGAAACACAGGCGUCCACAAAGUGCUGGCAUUAGACAUGACCCAAGCACCUAGAGAUGCCAACGCAAUUGGGCAAUUUGGGCAAGCAGCCAUGGUGCCCAGUGACAAAGAGCAGGAGGUGAGGAACCGUUGGAAUGAGGGCCAUUUCAACGUCUACCUGAGUGACCAGAUCCCUGUGGACAGAGCCAUCCCAGACACCAGACCUCAUACGUGUUCUGAGAGUGUGGUCCAUGAUUACUUGCCCACCACCAGUGUGAUAUUCUGCUUUGUGGACGAGGUGUGGUCCACUUUGCUCCGGUCUGUCCACAGUGUCCUCAACCGGUCUCCACCACACCUUCUCAAAGAGAUCAUCCUGGUGGAUGACUUUAGUGCCAAAGAAUAUCUCAAGGACCAUCUGGAUGUGUACAUGUCCCAGUAUCCCAAAGUACGGAUCGUCCGUCUGAAGGAGAGGCAGGGCUUGAUCCGAGCUAGGCUGGCAGGAGCCGCCAUUGCCAAAGGUGACGUUUUGACCUUUCUUGACUCUCAUAUCGAAUGCAACGUGGGCUGGCUGGAACCUCUGCUGGAGAGAGUGUACAUGGACCGGAGGAAAGUGGCCUGCCCAGUCAUCGAAGUCAUCAGUGACAAGGAUUUGAGCUAUGUGUUGGUUGACAACUUCCAAAGAGGCGUGUUCAAAUGGCCCUUGGUGUUUGGGUGGAGCACGUUAUCAAAGGACACCAUCAAGAAGAAUCACAUGAAGGAUUCAGAUCCCAUCAGAUGUCCUGUCAUGGCAGGAGGCCUUUUCUCCAUCGAUAAGAAGUACUUCUAUGAACUGGGCUCUUAUGAUCCUGGCCUGGAUGUAUGGGGUGGAGAGAACAUGGAGAUCUCUUUUAAGAUUUGGAUGUGCGGAGGUGAGAUCGAGAUCAUCCCGUGUUCCCGAGUGGGCCAUAUUUUCCGAGGCGAGAACCCGUACAAGUUUCCCAAGGACAGGCAGAAGACGGUCGAGCGUAACCUGGCCAGGGUGGCAGAGGUGUGGCUGGAUGAGUACAGGGACCUGUUCUACGGCCAUGGAUACCUCCAUCUGCUGGAUAGGAGUAUCAUCGACAUCGGCAACCUCACAGACCAGAUCGAACUCAGGAAGAAGCUUGAGUGCAAGAGCUUCAAGUGGUACCUGGACAACGUGUACCCAGACAUGGUCGCUCCAUUGGUCAAAGCUGAGGGGCUGGUUUUCAAUCGUGGAGUCAGAAAAUGCCUCGCUCUGCAGGAUGGCUCCCUUGCCUUUGAGACAUGUGAUCUCAGCAAGCUGAGUCAACACUUCAAUUACACCUGGAUGAGGCACGUUCGCCAGAAGGAUGUCUGUGUCACUGCUCAUGGCAAAGGGACCAGUCUGGCUCUGCAGGCGUGUGACAACACCAAGCCACAGCUAAGAUGGCUCCACAAGGCCACCAACUCUGCUCUGGUGGAGCACCUCAUAGCGGAGCAUAGUUCCCGGCGUCUGUGCCUGGAGGCUGGGGCUCUGGAUGACAGCAUACAGCUGAAGGAGUGCCAGUCUACCAGUCCCUACCAGAAGUGGCAGUUCACACAUUACCACACUGUGUGAUGGGAGUACAGGGCUACAGCACUGUUCCUGCAUUAGAGAUUGACACUAAAGUACUUGACUGUACUCUAUGCAUUUGGAUGUGUUCAGUGUAUUUCUGCAAUGGGAUAUGCAUGGUGCUGCUGGUAUGUUGGUGUGAGGGUGGUGUUGGGACGUGCAAUGCUUUUUUACUUCUCCUUUUUAUCAUGAUCAAGCUUCACUUAGAAUUUUUAAUUUUUGCAUGACUGAGGCCCCGGAAUGAUUAGAAAGGACAGCUGUUACACAGUGUAAUUACAGUUUUGUAUUUGAUGGCAUAGUUUACUGGUGUAGGCUAUACAAAUAAAUAGUAGUUGCAUACUCGUAUACAGUGGCUUAAAGAAGUAUUCACCCCCCCCUUGGCAUUUUUCCUAUUUUGUUGCCUUACAACCUGGAAUUAAAAUAUAUUUUCAAGGCAAAACUGCUCCAGCUCCUUCAAAUUGGAUGGGUUCUGCUGGUGUACAGCAAUCUUUAAGUCAUACCACAGAUUCUCAAUUUGGGAUUGAGGUCUGGGCUUUGAUUAGGCCAUUCCAAGACAUUUAAAUAUCGCCCCUUAAAGCAACACUU